CAGGGCAGUCGGGAGUCAGCAUGGCGGCCCCCUUGGCCGGGAAAAAGAUCGUGUUUGUCACGGGGAACGCCAAGAAGCUGGAGGAGGUGACUCUUCUGGGAAUACAAUGUUAAGAUGUCCCACAAGACCUGAGGAGUCUCCCGAGGGCCUAUCUUGUCCUCCUAAUUCUCUCUGGAUGCUCAUCCCUUUCCUAGUAAGCGUUUUUCUGCUUACUUCGCCCCUGGUGGAGGGGGCAGUGAGGCUUCUGCCAUACAAUAGCUGUCAUUAACCUUGCUUGGGUGAAGAGUUUGCCCCUGCUCAGUCAGCCAUGGCCAAGGAGGUCAUUCAGAUUCUGGGAGAUAAGUUUCCAUGCACUUUGGUGGCACAGAAAAUUGACCUGCCGGAGUACCAGGGAGAGCCUGAUGAGAUUUCCAUACAGAAGUGUCGGGAGGCAGCUCGCCAGGUACAGGGGCCUGUACUGGUGGAGGACACCUGUCUGUGCUUCAACGCCCUCGGGGGCCUCCCUGGCCCCUACAUAAAGUGGUUUCUGGAGAAGUUAAAGCCUGAAGGUCUCUACCAGCUCCUGGCUGGGUUCGAGGACAAGUCUGCCUGCGCGCUUUGCACGUUCGCUCUCAGCACCGGGGACCCCAGCGAGCCAGUGCGCCUGUUCAGGGGCCGGACCUUGGGCCAGAUCGUGGCACCCCGAGGCUGCCGAGACUUUGGCUGGGAUCCCUGCUUUCAGCCUGAUGGAUAUGAGCAGACGUAUGCAGAGAUGCCCAAAGCGGAGAAGAACACCAUCUCCCAUCGCUUCCGGGCCUUGCUUGAGCUGCAGAAGUACUUCGGCGGCCUCGCUCCCCCGGUAGUUGGUGGUGAUCGCCCCGACCAGGGAGCUGGGGAAGGCUAGCCUGCCACCUCCACCAUCAGACAGGCAGCCCUCCAAGUACUGCCGUCUGGGUCACCGCUUCCUGCGGGGGUGGGGGGCGGGUUGAGACAGCCUCACCAGCCCUGGAGGAGCAGCUGGCUCUGUUGGGAGAAACUUGGGGCCCUUGGGGAUUCAGUGGGCCCUCCUACAGCCUCCUGGCCUGGGAUCCUGAAAGGACUUGGGAUGUUAAACUGGCCGUAGCAGGCCCGAGGGUUCAGGAAGAACCCCACAAAUCGCCCUCGACGUUUUUAAAGUGGUAGAAAUAAAAAUACUGGAAGGCACUUGCCUCCAGAAUAAACUGGAUGUAUCAGCUUUGAAACCUG